AUGGAGUGCCAGAAUUGUGAGCUGAAACAACGCCAGUUCUACUGCGAGAGUUGUCUUAGGCAGCACUUGUUGUCUUUCCGUCUCCAAACGAAUCAUCUUGCUACCGAUCGGGACGCUCACAUUGCCUCGGCGCAGCGUGCACUAGUCACUGUGGUUGACCCUGCCCGACUGAUAAGAGCUGACCUUAAGGGCACCGAGGAAAGAGUGCGAGAGUUGUGGGAGGGUGUCGAUGAAGUCAGGAAAGUAAACGAAAAGACACGAGAACGGCUAAGGAAUCGUCGCAGUACAUUUUCCGCCCGCCGGCGGACUAUCGCGAUCGCGUCUUCUACAUUCAACCAUCCCCCUACGCCUUCAACGUCCGCCUCUCCUCCCCAGGCCUUUACACCGACCCCUCCCGGCUCGUAUCCCUCCUCACACGAUCUCCCGCACUCUCCAGUUUCCACGUCUCCUCAAUCUUCCCGGCCCAUAGUGCACCGCCGUGGGUCUUCGUCUUCUAGCGUACCCGGUUCUAGCACCAUCGUCCGCCCUGCAAUGUCCGGAUCCCGUACAGCGCAGCCACUCCCCUCGCGUCCAACACUUUCCAUCCUCUUAACUUCACCGCACGCGCCACUCGGUGUUAGCUCGCCCAUCCAGACGCGUCCGGGCUAUGCGGCGUCGAACAAGAGUGCUGAUUCACUAACACGCCAGAUUGACGAGGCAACGUAUCAGCUCGCUGCUUUGUCUGACACGCUUGCGCGUGCACGGUCUGGGUUAGUGCAGGAGCUAGUGGAGGUCUUCAGCAUUGUAGAAGUUGGCGGUCGUCCACCAUUAGGUGGUAAAGCGGGUACGAAGGGGGAAUGGACCAUUGGGGGGCUUGUCCUACCCGUUCCCGGUGACAUCAGACGAUAUCCUCCAGAUCAUAUCAACGCAGUGCUCACGCAUACGCUUCAUUUUCUCUCCUUGCUUGCGUUCUACCUCGGUAUCAAGCUCCCAUUUGAGGUCAUUUGGAGCAGAUCUACUACACCGCCAUUGCCGUCGAGCAGCAAUAGCAGCUCCUCUUCGGCGAACCUCAAGGGUAAUGGACUCUUGGGUGUAGGUAUUCCAUGGCUCGGUGCGUGUAAGGGCGGUGAGAGCGGAGGAUGGGCGCGAUGGUCAGCGAAACAUCCUUUGCAUGUCUCGUCGUCCUCUCCUGCGACACCCUCCACCACAGCUGCUCCCCCAACCGGUUCUAACGAUCGGGCUUCACGGCCUGGCGGCUAUCCGCGUCCUGCCAGCAAGUCAUCGGUGCCGUCGUCCUCGUCUUCCGCCAAGUCUACACCUACACGUUCCAACGCACUGUCGGCGUCGCUCGCGGACUCACAACUUGAGGAUCUUUCGGGUACAGGCGUUGGCGCUGGUACGUCGACUCAUAACAGUUCGUUCACGACAGCCCUCGCGAUGCUGCUGUACAAUGUCUGCUACCUUGCACAUACACAAGCAGUUGACGUACCGCUCGCGCAGGCGGGCGAGGUGCUCGGGAACCUCUGGGCGGUGUGUUGCAGCCAGGAGCUCGGGAGGAAAUCGCAUGAGACACAUCCGCUCCUUCCUGCUCCCACUCCGCCGAGCUUCCCGCUGGACUUCGCGCAGCUUCUCCAGGCGACUGCAGCGAACCCGACACGCCCACGUGCGCGGGGAACGACGGGUAGGGAGACGCAUCACGCCGAGCGCAUUGUGGAGGAAGACGAGGAUGGGUGGGAUUUGGUCGAUGCAGAUGGUGCCGACUAG